GCGCGGUAUUUCUCCCGCACGUCAUAUCCAACGGACCGAUAACAUGUCCUCCGGUUGAAGAAAGAAGCUAACAGGGAAGCGACAAACUGUUUAAUGUCACUCUCGAAGUGAAAAGGCGGAAAUGUCGCUACGGUCCAACACUCAUCCCGCUCAGUGUCACAGCCACAGCUGCUGCUGAAGUAGACACUUUGUAGGAUUUGUGAUUGUUGCCGAGGAAUGAGCGAUAAUUGUCGAGGAAGUCGCCCAGCUGGCUGCUAGCUCCGUUAGCAAAGGGAGUCCUUUGUUUUGUUUUCAGUCUCCGAGCAAACAUGAAGACAAACUAGUGCGAGCAGCUGCUCCGACGUCAGACGCGUGUGUGCGCUUUCACAGUCAUGUUCACGGUGUCUCUGGCUGCAGGUCGUUGAAGUGUAACUUUAUAUCACAAAGAGAAAACUAACAUUAGCCAGCCGAGAGCAACUUAACCACAACACACGAAAGAUCUGCUUAUUAUACACGAAGAUAAUGGGCAACUGUCUCAAGUCUCCGACAUCGGACGACAUCUCUCUGCUUCAUGAAUCCCAGUCAGACAGGGCGAGUUUCGGCGACGGGACAGAUCUAGACCUGGAGCCACCUCCGCCGUACCAGGAGCAGGCUCACAUGCCCAUGUACCAUCCCACGCCUAGUCAGGCCCGUCUGGCCACCCAGCUGACAGAGGAGGAACAGAUCCGCAUAGCUCAGCGCAUCGGCCUCAUCCAGCACCUCCCUAAGGGUGUUUAUGAUGGAGGGCAAGACGGCUCGGAGAAGAAGAUCAGAGAAUGCGUGAUCUGUAUGCUGGACUUUGUAUACGGGGACCCUAUCCGGUUCCUGCCGUGUAUGCACAUCUACCACAUGGACUGUAUAGACGACUGGCUGAUGAGAUCCUUCACCUGCCCCUCCUGCAUGGAGCCUGUGGAUGCUGCCCUGCUGUCCACCUACGAGACCAACUAAUAUUUCACCCCUCCUUCCCCAAGCUUAGGUCAAAUAUGGCCCCUUCAGCCCCAAACACACACACACAAACUUAACAACUGUCCUCUUAUAGAGUGAGAGGAGCUUAAACAUGUGUUUUUUGUUUUCUUGCACUUUGAAAAAUUCAAAAUUAACUCACCUAACGUUGGCCUUCCAUUCCCCUCCAGGUCUAAAUAAGCUGGUCUUGGGCAUCAGUUACACAACUCAGUAAGAAACUGUUUCCAGAUGUGUGGUUGUAUUUGUGUGUGUUUGACAUGCUGAAACAGCGUCCAGUGCUUCUGCUGAUAGUGGGCACAUUGGAUGUGUGUGUGUCUGUGUGUGUGUGUGUGUGUGUGUGUGUGAGCUGUUUGGAUUGUUUGUUCAGUGACUGUGCAUUUCCAUUUGAGCCGGCCUCAGUGGAGUUUCUCCCCACCUGACCCCAGUCCACCUUCAUUCCCAGUUAGUUGUUAAAAUGGACAGUUAGGCUGACAGAUUAUUGACCAAAACGUUACGAGGUGUUGCUACAGAAUGUAGUUUUUCUGUGGCAACAGUCAGCAAAGACUUCCUCGACAUAUUGAUCUCCUAAACACGCUCUCACUUUUAAAAUGGCCCUACACUUUGGAGAUAUGGCAACACACAGCUGAAGUUUACACUGUUUGUGUUAGAUAAUAAAGAAGAUCUCCAGUUAGUCAGGAUUACAGAAAAAAUGAUGCACACACUUAACAGAAAACAUCCAAAGUGUAUGUACACAAUGUACACCCAAAGGAGACCAAGGCCAGACUAAAAAAAUGAAAAUGCUUUGAGGUGAAGAGAAAUAAUGUUGUAUAACAUUAACGUUCACCAGACGGUAUGUAAAGCAGCUGGCAGCCAAUGUAAAGGGCUCAUUUGUGCAUGGGCAGGUGGAUCAGUCAGUCAAAACUUAGAAAUGCUUGCACACGUUUCAUCUGAUCCAGAGAUUUGCACUUUACUUAUAGGACAGUAUCUAAACAAUAUAUUAAUAUAUGUACCUUAUAACCUUGCACUAUCAAUACUUCAUUCCUUUAUUUCCUGAGAUGCAAAAGUUAAAUAGCUGAUAACGAUAUUUUCAAAGCUGUCAGUAGUCACUUAUCACGUCGAAGUAAGCCUGAUGAUGUAGUUCAUGAAAUCUGUGAUACAGUAGUGUGAGCCUCCGCUUUGUUCCGUUUUGAUUUUUGUGUGUUUUGCGUGUACGUGAAGGGACAGAGGCUUGCUCCGGUUCAAAGGAGACGUUCGACAUUUCAGGAAAUGCGUUUGUCCACUUUCUCGUCAAGAGUUAAGAUUGAUAUCAAUCUGAUUGUGUGCCUAAAGGAAGCUGGAGCCAGGCACUUAACUGAGCAUAAAGACUGUAAGCAGGAAGAAAUGGCUAGCAUGGUUAGGAUGCUCAAAGAUCUGCUGACCAGCAACUCUGAAGCUCAGUAAGUUGUGGUUUUACGACUGUUCAACAACACAGUGUACCAGCAUUUAGCUCUCUAAAUUGUUUAGCUGUUUACCCCUGCUUCUACUCUUUAUACUGAGUUAAACUAAUCGCCUCCUUCAUCUAGCUCUGUUUAUGGCGUACAGAGGUGAGAUGUGGUUUCAAUCUCAUCGCUCGGCGAGAAAGCAACUGAUCAUGUUUCCUUAAAUUUCAAACAGUUCCUUUUAAAGAAAGAAAACUGAAUCCGCAUUAAUACAAAGUCACUUUCUUUAUCACGUCACAUUUUUUUUGUUUUAUUACACAAUGAUUGUUUUAUUUUCAUUCACUGUAGCAGUAGUUUCGAUCGUUACCUUUUUAUUUGUGUCAUAGUUUGGUGAUAGUGUGGCUGUAUUAUUUUUUUUUUCUGUUACCUGUGUUGUAUCUUCUACCUUCACGUUAUUUGUAACAUUAGUAUAAAAUCCACUGUGUAUUUAGGAGAGUAGGUAUAUGUAAUGUUUACACUGGUUUAAGCCUGACUGUGCGAACCUCUGUCCCGAA